GAGAGAACCAACGCAUGCACGGGGAGAACAUGCAAACUCCAUGUUUAAAGACCCCUGGCCGGGAGUCGAACCUGGGACCUAAAUCUUCAAAAAGUGUCUGAGUCACUACUAGUGAUCGUGAGUCUUUGGGGAUCUGUAGCAGCUGUGAAAAAGGCCUGUCAGCUUUCUAUGGAUAGUAAUAGUGAUGAAGAGCAGUCAGCUUCCUUUACACACUGUGACACCACCUAUUUCCGGUGUCCUGGGACUUACGCAAACACGCGGUUUGCUUCCGGGAGGUUGACAUGGGAGACGUCUCGGAGAGGACUUUGCAGGUGACCGUGGUGGUUUCCUUUGCCGUGGGUUUCCUGACGGGCUGGCAGGCCAACAGAAUGAGGAGGAAGUUCCUGGACUGGAGGAAGAAGCGGCUGCAGGACAAACUGGCGGAGACGCAGAAGAAGCUGGACCUGGCUUGAAUGGUGGCGGUCUGCUCCAUGAAGCUGGUUCAUCCUGCUUGUUCUUCAUGUUUGGUCUUACCACACCUUGUAAAGCAAGUCUGAUCUUGAUGUACCUGCAAAAGCUCCUUUGAAGAAACCUUUAUUAAAAGAAAGAAACAUCCUCUGUGGACAUGUACAAAAUAGAAGAAGCUGCACAUUUGUCUUUGUAGCAGUGGAACUUUUUCAUAUAUGAGCAAAUAAAUUAUAUUUUCCUUU